AUUCUAUGGAUGUAACUCCAUGGAGUAAACAACUUCCGACCAUGUGCUGCGUGUUGCGCUGUGUUGCUCGUGUUGCUUCGUAUCGCACUCUGCGGAAUUAGACGUCGGUUGUUGCGUGUGUUGACAUAAAAUUGCUUGUACAUUUGUAUUAGUGAUUGGCAGUCAUAGUGUUUAAAUAACUUAAAAUUUGGAUUGUGUUGGUUGUGAGGACAGUUUUUACAAAAAAAGUGGCUGAGGUGCACAGAUUCGUGUAAAUAAAGAAUAUUCCUAACCUACAUACUACCCUGUUUUAAUUAAAAGUCAAUAUCAUAAAAUGGUUAGGAAAAAAUUGGAUAAUCGAAUAAGAGUCCUAAUUGAAAAUGGGAUGAUUGAAGGACACAGAACAAUGUUUGUUGUUGUAGGGGAUAAAGGAAGAGAUCAAGUCGUCAUUUUACAUCAUAUGUUGUCAAAAGCAGCUGUGAAAGCCAGACCAAAUGUUUUGUGGUGUUACAAAAAGGAAUUGGGAUUCACCAGUCACAGAAAGAAAAGAAUGAAGGAACUGCAAAAGAAAAUAAAAUCAGGAAAAUUAAAUGUCAGUGAAGAUGAUCCAUUUGAGUUGUUUGUUGCUUCAACAAAUAUUCGUUAUUGUUAUUAUAGUGAAACACACAAAAUUUUGGGAAACACCUAUGGGAUGUGUGUUUUACAGGAUUUUGAAGCUUUGACUCCAAAUUUAUUGGCACGAACAGUGGAAACUGUGGAAGGUGGUGGUUUAGUUGUGCUUCUUCUUCGUUCAGUUUCUUCUCUCAAACAACUUUAUACAAUGACAAUGGAUGUUCAUGAACGAUUUAGAACUGAAUCUCAUCAGGAUGUUGUUGCUAGAUUUAAUGAACGGUUUCUGCUGUCAUUAGCAUCAUGCAAACGUUGUCUUGUUGUUGAUGAUCAACUAAAUGUAUUACCAGUGUCAUCUCAUAACUUACAAGUUGAGGCUGUGAACAGAGCUGACUUUCAAACAGUUGAUCAAGAAUUAGUUGAUCUGAAAGAGAGUUUACGUGACACUCAACCAGUUGGUGUACUUGUAAACUGCUGCCGCACUGUUGACCAGGCAAAAGCUGUCUUGAAAUUUAUUGAAGCUAUAGCUGAGAAAACUUUACGUUCUACAGUUUCAUUAACUGCAGCAAGAGGAAGAGGCAAGUCUGCAGCUCUUGGACUUUCCAUGGCUGCUGCUGUAGCAUUUGGAUACUCCAACAUUUUUGUAACUAGUCCAAGUCCUGAAAAUUUGAAAACUCUUUUUGAAUUUGUGUUCAAAGGGUUUGAUGCUUUGGAAUAUCAGGAACAUUUGGAUUAUGAUCUUAUUCAGUCCACAAAUCCUGAAUUUAAUAAAGCAAUUGUACGUGUGAAUAUUUUCCGGGAUCACCGGCAAACAAUACAGUACAUUCAUCCAACAGAUGCAAAUAGGCUUGGACAAGCAGAGUUGCUGGUUGUUGAUGAAGCUGCUGCUAUUCCUCUUCCAUAUGUCAAGAGUAUGCUGGGACCAUACUUGGUGUUUCUGGCUUCUACUAUCAAUGGCUACGAAGGAACUGGGAGAUCAUUAUCCCUUAAAUUACUGCAGCAGUUGCGAACUCAGAGUGUACCAGUGGGAGCAAAUGCUGACAAAACCAAAAACCAAGCAGCUGCAACAGGUCGGGCUUUACACGAGGUUGCACUGAAUGAAUCAAUCAGAUAUAAGCCCGGUGAUCAUGUAGAAAAAUGGUUGACUGAUCUGUUAUGUUUAGACGCAACUGCUGUGCAACCAAUUUUUUCUGGUUGUCCGCCUCCAGAAACAUGUGAUCUGUACUAUAUUAACAGAGACACUUUAUUUUGCUACCAUAAAGCAUCAGAGGCAUUUCUUCAUAGGUUGGUAGCACUGUAUGUUGCAUCCCAUUACAAGAAUAGCCCAAAUGAUCUUCAAAUGAUGUCAGAUGCCCCUGCACACCAUUUAUUUUGCCUACUGGGACCUGUAGAUCCUAGUAGUAAAACUUUACCAGAAGUUCUGGUAGUUAUACAGGUGUGUUUGGAAGGCAAUUUGUCUAGAAGCUCAAUAUCUGAUGGCCUUUCACGUGGCCAAAGAGCAGCUGGUGAUUUAAUACCUUGGACAGUUGCACAGCAAUUUCAGGAUCAAGAUUUUCCUUCUUUAUGUGGAGCAAGAAUUGUGAGAAUAGCAACUCACCCAGAUUAUAUGGGGAUGGGUUAUGGAAGUCGGGCAUUACAAUUGCUGAAGAAAUACUAUGAAUUUAAAAUACCUUGUAUUGAUGAAAAUCUUCCUGAAAGUACUAUAGAAGCUGUUGCUGAGGGUGAAGUAGGAUUACUGGAAGAAACAAUUGAACAUCUGGAUUAUUUGGGUGUUUCUUAUGGGCUUACUACCCCUUUAUUAAAGUUCUGGAAAAGGGCCAGUUUUGUUCCUGUUUACCUAAGGCAAACUGCAAAUGAGUUGACUGGAGAACAUUCAUGCAUCAUGUUGCAUGUUCUCCACUCAUCAGAAGACAACAAUGCAGGAUCAUGGCUGCAAGAUUUUGGGAUUGACUUUCGACGAAGAUUUAUUUCUUUGUUAAGUUACCAGUUUUCGAAUUUUACUCCAGCUUUGGCAUUAAGUGUAUUGCAAAAUAAAGCGUGUCGACCAAGUGCUAAAGCUCUAAUUCAGCAAGAACUUGAUGUACAUAUGACUAAGUAUGAUGUGAAACGCCUUGAAAUGUAUUCUAAUAAUUUGACAGACUAUCAUCUGAUUGUGGAUUUAUUGCCUACUCUCUCCCGACUGUACUUUUUAAAUCGUUUGGGUGAGGUGGAACUAACUCCAGUUCAGUCGGCCAUCCUUAUAGGGUUAGGGUGUCAGCAUAAAACCAUUGAAGUUUUAGCUGCGGAAAUUGAGCUGCCAACCAGCCAGGUGCUUUCAUUAUUUCAUCGUACAAUAAGAAAAUGUGUGCAGUUUUUAUUGCGUGUAAUGGAGCAAACUAUUGAAAAUGAGUUUGUGCAGCCCACAUCUGAAGCAGUUUUUACUCCAGCUGUAAAAAGUGUUCACCAGGAAUUGGAAGAGGCUGCAAUGGAAUUGAAGAAGAAGCAGCAACAGGAGCUUAAACGGCUUAAAAAUGAGAAUUUGAAACAGUAUGCAAUAAAAGGGUCUGAAGAAGAGUGGGGCAAAGCUUUGUUAUCUGGGAACAAGAAAAAGAACAUAAUUUCUGUCAAAAGUGGAGAAAGGCAAGAUACAGAAGAGAUAGAGAUCCCUGAUGGUCCCCCACAGAAAAAGAAGAAGAAACACAAGAAAAAAUAAUAGUUUGUAUUUAAUAAUUUUGUAGACAAUCCGUACAAAAUUGUUGAUGUAUAUACUAGUUCUUAAGAUUCGACGAACAUAUUGCUGAAGCUGUUGGAUUUAUUAAUAAAACAAAAUACCUUAAAUGUGUUUCUUAUUGAAUUCUUCUUUUCAGUCAGUUGUAGUAAAUUAUACAUUAAUUUAAAUUAUUCAGU